AUGGCAGCUAACACAGGGCCAACAGCCCUCUUGCUCGUUGUGGGCGUGGUUGCGCCGUUUGCGCUGGCAACCGGGCCUGACAGCAGCUCCAUUUACGUAGCAGGGGAGCCUGGAGCCAGCGGCCUGACCGUCUAUGCGCCUGCAGCAGUGUUCCUUGGGGAGCCGCUAGUGAACGUCUCAGCCCCUGCCCAAGAGGACUGUGCAGCGAGCUGCAGGGCUCAGAAUGCCUGCUCGUGGUUUAACUUCUGCGGCCAGCAGGAGGGAUGCGAGGGAGCCAGCUCUUGCCAGCUGCUGAGCAGCAACUGCUCGCUGACGCCGCAGCUGGCCGGGACAGGCGGCCCCGGCUACUCGGCAGGCUUCCCCAUCCGCGUGCCGCCGCUGGAGCUGCCCGGCUAUUCCACGCGCACCGCGCAGGGGAUGCAGGGCGUCGACUUUGAGUGCGGGGUCAGCAUCCAGCCCGGCGCCUGCGUGGUGCCAUCGGCCAUGGAUGGCGCCAUGAUCUGCUCCUUCAUCCCCGAGUGUCGAUCGGUGGUGGUGUUCACCAACGGCACGGAUGGCUGCUCGGGGCAGGAGCUGGCUGUGCUGAAGCGCAGCAGCCUGACGCCCUCCAACUCAUUCGUGUCGCCGGCUGUGUUCACACUGGAAAGCGUGCAAGAUGCUCAGCUGACCGCCACCUACCUGGGCAGCAGCGAGACAACCGUUGUCGCUCCUGACGAGGCUGAGUUGGAGGCCGCAUACAGCGCAGGGGCGGAUCUUUCCAACAGCACAGCCUGGCUGGGGUGCAUCGUCGCAGAGCGGGCGCUGAUGGGUGGCGACGUGCUGGAGGUGCUGGACGGAGUGGGUUCGGCAGAGGCAUGCUGCCGAGAGUGCCGAGCAAGGGACGACGACUCAUGCAAUGUGUUCAACUAUUGCGCCCAGCCGCAGGGCUGCAGCUAUACUGACAUGCGGACCGAGGUUCGCCUCAACCAGAGCCAAUGCGAGCUGCGAUAUCAAGCGCUCGCAGAACCAGCGCUGGGCUGGCCCGCAUUUGUAAUCGCAAAGGGCGAGGGCGUGAGCUUUGUUGGCGGCUCACCCAUCGAAGUGGCUGGCCCCAAUGUCCCCGGUUACACGCGGCUGCUGGGCAGCGGGCUGUUUGGUCAGCAGGGGUUUGACUGCGAGGGGUCGCUGAGCCCCGAGCUGCAGGAGUGCCUGCGGGCGGGGCCAGUGCAGGAACUCGCUGAUUAUUGCACAGAGGACCCCCUCUGCCCUGGGGUGUACCUCUCACAGGCGAAUGUGGCUUACUUCCGGCACGAGGAGGGCGCCAACAUCAGCAACCUGAUCCGCACUCCCUCUAGUGUGCUGUAUGUGCGGGAGGAAGAGCCUAGCAGCUCUUCAUCCAGCCUUUCUUCCGGCGCCAUCGCUGGCAUUGCGGUCGGCGUGGUGGCAGCCGCAGCAGCCGCCGCAGCGCUACUCUGGUUGCUGGUGGGCCAGCGCAAGUGGUGCAGCAAGGUAGCAGCCGGCGGGUCGUCAGGUCCGGCGUCCCGGGUUGUGGGGGCGGGGGCGGAGGGCAGCGAGAACAAGGCCUCAAACCCAGAGAUUGUGACAGACAGACAGCAGUCCACCCAAGACGACUCCUUCCCCACGGCGGGGCCCCAGCCUGGCACCCUGGGCCUCCCACCAGCAGCGGUGCUGCCCGGCGCGGUACCGAGCAUGACGCCCUCUGACAGCAGCCUCGGCCAGCUGCCCAGCGGGACUGCCACCCUAGGGCCGUCUCCCCGCCUCAGCCGCCCGGUGCCAACCAGCCCGUUUGCUGCGCUUAGCAUGAUGAGGCCGCGGCUGGCACCCCCGAUGGAGCUGGGCGCAGAGCGCACAGAGGAGGUGCUGGAGCUUCUGCAACACCGAGCAAGACAAGACGCAAGCGGCAACACCGCCAGCAGCGGUGCGUUGAGCAGCAGCAGGACGCACACCUCCGGCAGCAGCAGCACGCCCUCACGGCUGGUGUCCGCGACGCUGCCUCCCAGUUUAAUGGAGUGGGUCAUCCCGGCCUCAGCCAUCGAAUAUCUGCGCCGCUCAGACGGAAGCCUGCAGCUGCUGGGAGAGGGAGCCAGCGGCAAGGUGCUGAGGGCGCUGUACCAUGGCGAGAAGGUGGCAGCCAAGGAGAUCAAGCUGGAUAGCACCCCAGAGGCAGCGCAGGCGUUUGUCCGGGAGGCGGUGCAGUUGCAAGGGCUGCGGCACCCAAAUGUGGUUGGGUUCUUUGGACGGGACCUGCAAAGCGCGCUGCACCUGCGCACAAGCCGCACGCAAGAGCGCGUCUUCGGAUGGUACCGCAGUGGGCGGCGCGUCGCGUUCGAGGUGGCAAAGGCUCUGAAUUUCCUGCACAGCAAGGGGGUGGUUCACCUUGAUGUGAAAAGUUCAAACGUGCUGCUGACUUCCUCAGGCACUGCCAAGCUGGCAGAUGUGGGCGUGUCGCGCUUGCAGACCCGCACCUUCCUUUCAGACCUGCCCGGAAUGAUUGGCACCUUUGCAUGGGUGGCGCCAGAGAUCCUCAUGAGCCAGCCCAGCACCCAGGCCGUGGACAUCUUCUCUUUUGGCGUGCUCCUGUGGGAGAUCAUCACAAGUCAGUUUGAUAGGGUUGCCGACUUGCUGCUGGAGUGCCUUAGCCUGGAUCCCGCGGGGCGCCCCACCGCGCAGCAGCUCAUGCACCGGCUGGAGGCGAUGCAGGGGCGCGUCAACAUAGGGUCUGCUACCGAUGACAGGGCCGCCUUCCUGGCCGCCACGCCCGCACACCGGUUGGAUCCGUAG